ACUGUAGUGUACACAGAUCAUAAUUUUGGUGAUAAGAUAAAUCAGGGUUUAAAUUAUUAUAAAACUUUAAGUUUAUGAUAAAGAGUGUUGAGUUCAUCAUCACAAACUAAAUAGAUCUAUUAUAAUAUAGGUCGACCAUAUUCAGAAAAAAAUGAUGACUCCAGAUAAGGAUACCUUUCUUUAUUUUGCUUAUGGCAGUAAUUUAUUGAAAAGAAGAAUUCACAUUAAUAAUUCUUCUGCAGUCUUUGUAGGAAUUGGAAGACUUGAUGAGCACCAACUUGAUUUUAUAAAGUAUUCAGACCAUUGGAGAGGAGCAUCAGCUACUAUUGUUCCAACCAAAGGUUGUCAUGUAUGGGGAGCUAUUUGGAGAUUACAUAAUAAUGACCUAAAAUCACUGGAUAGGCAAGAAGGAGUGGAUACAAAUUGGUACUUUCCAAAAAUGAUCAAUGUUAUAACUCCUAGUGGUACAAAUUUGGAAUGCCGCACAUACCAGCAAACUAGCAAUCCACCCCCUCGGACGGAAGAUGAGGAAAUACCUCACGAUCGGAGGCCAUCCAUCACAUACUUAGAGUGCAUACUUAAUGGUGCUAGUGAAUGUAAACUACCAGAAGACUAUAUUGAAAAAUUAAAGAAAAUUCCGCAUAAUGGACAAAAGGCAUCUCCAAAAAUGAUAGAAAAACUAAAAUUAUCAAGCCAUGAUUGAAAAUGGUUUCAAUUAAUAAAUGUACUAUAAGAAAUUGUAAGAGAUUUAAAAAAAAAAUACUCUUCCAUUUAAAUUAUUGUUAAAUAUAUUCUUAAAUUAUUUUCUAAAAUAAACCUUUUUAGUUAAAAGAAGAUAAAUAAAUAAAUUGACAACAAAAAUAAUUUUGUCAUCAUUUUCGGAAUUCUUUCAAAUUAACAAAAUAUGGUAAAAUCUAUAAUUAAAAAAACAAAUAGUACAUUCUUAUAUUUUUCUUACGGUAGUAAUUUAUCAAGACUAAAGAUUGGCUUUUAUAACUUAAAAGUAGACUUCAUCUCAAUUGCCCGUUUGGAUAUGAUGACGAUUGAUCAACGGACAAAAUGUGAAAGAAUUUCCGCCGUUCUCACCCAACGUGCUUAAAGUUGACCAAAUAUAAAGUAGUUUGUAAAUUGACUACAAAUUAAUAUCGUGCACAGAGGACUCGUGCCACAAGCUACAGAUGUGAGCACGACUCGCUAAACAUAGUUUGUAUUGGUGGUGGAUGGUACUGGAACAAAGUGUACGCACGCAAGGGCAGCGCGGGGCUAGCAGCCGGUGGUGUCGUGCAGCAGGCCGUUGGGUCGCGACGCGUGCUGCGGGUGCUGCGGGAGCUGCAGGCGCGGGUGCGCGAGCUGCGGCUGCGGGUGCGGCUGCAGCGGCUCGGCGGCCGCGUCGUCGGAGGCGCGCGAGCGUAGCGAGGACAGUUCGCGCACCCACGAAGCCAGCCGCCCCGACACGCCGAACAGGUUCGACCCCGACCCCGUCGCCACUGCGCCCACGUUCACCUCUGCCGGCUCCUGCUCCUCCUCUGCACAACGCGCAACACAACUCACUUAAUUAUACUAUUCCAUACU